AUGGAUGGCCUCGUGUCUGUCUUCGCCCACGAGCUUGCUGAGGCCACAUCCAGCCCCUUCAUCUCCACGUGGUUCGAUGGGGAUGGCUAUGAGAACGCCGACAAGUGCUCCUGGAAGUUUGCGCCCCUUAUCCCUAACGCCUCCGGCAUCAAGUACAACCUGUCCUCCGCCUCCGCCCUCGCCACCCCCUUCUCCUCCACCUUCACCUCCUCCGCCAUCUCCUCCCCCUUCCCCUCCACCCUUCCCACCCCCACCAUCUCCUCCUCCUUCACCCCCUCCUCCACCUCGCCCCCCGCCCCCUCCCCCAAAACGAGCACCUCCGCCAAAGAAACCGACAAAGAAUGGUAUUGGUGA